AUGCAGGGCUCAGCACACUACGUGAGCGCAUUGCGACCGCGAAGGGUGAGAAUGUACCGGUUCUCAGGCGCUGGUAACGACGACAACGACGAUGACGACGACGAUGCUAAGAGUUCGCGAAUGACGAUAGCGGGAGAUCAGCAGCAUCGAGAUGAAGCUAUUGGGCGCAUCCAGAAACACCGGUUAGUCCAUUUCUCGAAAGCGUUCUUGCGCAAGUACAGACACAGACCAGACAGAAUCGAGGCACUGCAAGAGCAGCAGCGGAACCGUGAGAAAGAGCUCGGUGAUGUCUUGUUAAGAUUUUCCAACCGUGAAAACCAAGUGCAAGUCAACGACAUAGCAAGCGAUGCGCUCAACAAGCGACUCAGAGAUAAAAAGCGUAAACUCGCCAAAGCAGUCCAGGCCAAGACUGAGUCCACCGAGAAGCUUCGAGCCAAGGAAGCCGACUACGACGAGGUCGCUAAGAGGUUAUAG